AUGGCAAAUGGUUGUUGUACUAAUACAUUAUGUGCUGAUCGAGAAACACAAUUACGUUUAGCUCGUCUUCGUGAAGAAUUAUUAACAAAUUUUAAUAGUCUUCUAUUAGAUCGAAUUCGUUUUCUUGAACAAACAAUUAAUCGUUUAUCAUCAUCACCAUCAAUACCAGUAGCAACAACAUUAACAUCUACACAUACAAGUUCAACGUCAGCAUCUACAACUACAGAUCGACUUUCAACACCAGCACUACUUCGACGUAGUUCAUCAACAACAACAACAUAUGUUCUUCUAAGUCCAACUAAUCCAAAUUCAGCCAAUAGCGGAGCAAGUGCUCGAUCUUGUCCAUCUAGUGUUGAUUUAACAACGAGUGAUCGACGAACAAGAUUUUUUUCAUCAAAAAAACAUUCACAAUCACAAGCAAGACAAUCAUCUGAAAGUAAUAGCAAUUAUUUAUCUAUACCUAUGGAUGCACAAUGGUCUAUGGUAACUAAUGAUCUGGUAUCUAAUACUAAUGUUAGUAAUGAGAAAGGCCGAUUAGAAUCAAGACGUUUUGCGUGUGAUGUUGACGAUAAUGAAGUGCGUGCAUUCAAAGCCAUGAUGUAUAUGGAACAAGCCCGGAAACAACAUGCACGACCACUAACUCGUUUACGACAAGCAUUGGGUAUAUCGACUAAUUCUAGCACAGGAAGUUAUGCAUUAAAUAGUUCUAAAAAACAUUCGAAUGCUUAA